CUUUAUAUGCUCACACGUCUCUCCUCCUCCAUUCCUUGCGAGGCUUCAGUCUCUCUCUCUCUCUCUCUCUCUCUCCCCACCAUUCUGUGUGAUUCUUGGGUGUAUUUGUAUUUAUAUCCCUAUUUUUUUCCCUCUAAAGUGCCAAAAAACUUAUCUAUAUGCUCUCUUCUGAGCAUAAUUGUUUCGCCAAUCCAAGCUAGCUGCAGUACUCUUUUCAGAGAUCGCAUAUAUAUGUGUGUGUGCAUAGAGCUCCAAAAUUUUAUACCUUAAAACAUCCAAUUUCUCUAGCUUCUUCUCUGCUCCACCACCAAACAUCUCUCCCCUUCGUAUUUUUCUAAACUCCAAACAUGUCAGCUGCAAUCGCCGCUGCCGCCGCCGCCGCGGUGGUUUGCAAUUCUACAGGCUCAUCAAGAAAUGGGAACCAUCAUCAACAGCUGCAGCAGGUAACCUCAUCACCACCACCACUCCCCCCUCCACUGCCAUCACUCCCAUUAAGUCGUUAUGAAUCCCAAAAGAGGCGAGACUGGAAUACUUUUGGUCAGUACCUGAGAAAUCACCGCCCACCCUUAGCACUAUCCCGGUGCAGCGGGGCUCAUGUGCUAGAGUUCUUGAGGUAUCUUGACCAGUUUGGCAAGACAAAGGUGCAUAACCAGACUUGCCCUUUUUUUGGCCACCCGCACCCACCAGCUCCCUGCCCUUGUCCACUUAAGCAGGCCUGGGGGAGCCUCGACGCGCUGAUCGGACGCCUCCGAGCAGCCUUCGAGGAGAACGGCGGGCUGCCGGAGACAAACCCUUUUGGAGCACGCGCCGUGAGACUAUACCUUAGGGAAGUGAGAGAUGCACAAGCUAAGGCAAGAGGGAUAGCCUACGAGAAGAAGAAAAGAAAGAAGCCACAGCAGCAACAGCAACAGCAACAGUUGCAAUCUUCAAAUGAUUAUAAUAAUCAAAUUCAGCAAGGUGGUAGUGCCGCUGGUAGAGUCGGUGACCGCCGUGGUGGAUUUGUUGAAAGAAACAUGGCAAGUAGGGGCAUAGUUAAUAUGGGGAAUUUCUCUAUACUGAACUAAGGGGAUGUUGAUGGGUUUGGUGAUAUAGAGGCUUAGUGAUGCUAGGGUUUAUGUUUUGCAGUGUUAGAUCGUAUUUCCACUUUCUACUUGCUUUUUUUUCCUUUUUUUUUUUUUUUGGCUUAUAUGAGUAAUUAAAGAGAAAAUCAUUUCUUCUUUUUCA